AUGGUUGAGGCAUCCUUCCUACUAAAGGCCAACCCUCAACCUGCCUUCCUCUAUUUCCGCACCUUCUCCACGUGCAAAAAAAUAAGCAAGGAAGGAGGGUUUGGAAAACAGGGUCAUCGCUACGGUCUUUUGCCACACUCCGCUGGCUUCAACGUGCUCAACGCGACGGAAACUAACAGCAGUGGCCCCGACCAAGAAGGGUUGAAGGUAGAGGACUUCACCUGCCGCCAAGGGCGGACCGCAGAGGACCGGCGCAGAUCCCCAGCACUGCACGCUGGGAGCUGUAGUCUCCGGGGGAGGCCUGUGUGUGCCCGCGGGGGUGGGAGCGGCCUCGGCCCCGCGGAGACGGAGCGGCUGGAGGACGAGGCGGCGGCCGCGGGGAGGAGGAUGGGGGCUAACCAGUUAGUGGUGCUCAACGUGUACGACAUGGUGAGUGCGGCCCAGGCCGGCGUCCUCCGGCCGCGGGGCUCGGACCCCGGCCCCCGGCCCCUGCGCUUCCUGCCGCGCGUCCCCGCCUCCGGCUUAGUUCUCGGGGAUAUUCUGAAUCUCUCCUUUUUUUCCUAGUACUGGAUGAAUGAAUACACCUCGUCCAUCGGAAUUGGAGUUUUUCAUUCAGGAAUUGAAGUAUACGGCAGAGAAUUUGCUUAUGGUGGCCAUCCUUACCCCUUUUCUGGAAUAUUUGAAAUUUCCCCAGGAAAUGCUUCUGAACUAGGAGAAACAUUUAAAUUUAAAGAAGCUGUAGUUUUAGGGAGCACGGACUUCCUGGAGGACGACAUAGAGAAGAUUGUGGAGGAGCUGGGCAAGGAGUACAAGGGCAACGCCUACCACCUGAUGCACAAGAACUGCAACCACUUCUCCUCGGCGCUGUCGGAGAUUCUUUGCGGGAAGGAGAUUCCUCGCUGGAUCAAUCGUCUGGCCUACUUCAGCUCCUGCAUCCCCUUCCUCCAGAGCUGCCUCCCCAAGGAGUGGCUCACCCCCGCGGCCCUGCAGUCCAGCGUCAGCCAGGAGCUGCAGGAGGAACUGGAGGAGGCCGAGGAUGCGGCCGCGGCCGCCUCCGUGGCCGGCCCCUCGGCGGGCUCCAGACCCGGGCGCCACACCAAACUAUAA